AUGACGGGGGCAGGAGAUGGAGGAGACAGGAGAUGGAGGAGACAGGAGAUGACGGGGGCAGGAGAUGGAAUAGACAGGAGAUGGAGGAGACAGGAGAUGGAGGAGACAGGAGAUGGAGGAGACAGGAGAUGGAGGAGACAGGAGAUGGAGGAGACAGGAGAUGGAGGAGACAGGAGAUGGAGGAGACAGGAGAUGGAGGAGUCAGGAGAUGGAGGAGACAGGAGAUGGAGGAGACAGGAGAUGGAGGAGACAGGAGAUGGAGGAGACAGGAGAUGGAGGAGACAGGAGAUGGAGGAUACAGGAGAUGGAGGAGACAGGAGAUGGAGGAGACAGGAGAUGGAGGAGACAGGAGAUGGAGGUGACAGGAGAUGGAGGAGACAGGAGAUGGAGGAGACAGGAGAUGGAGGAGACAGGAGAUGGAGGAGACAGGAGAUGGAGGAGACAGGAGAUGGAGGAGACAGGAGAUGA